AUGGUAAUGGCCGCCGCUAUCGAGUCCGCAUUUAAGGAUGAAUUCCGCAUUCGGUUGCUCACUUUUCACGAAACUUCUCUGCGAUCGGGUAGUUUUGUUGCUGAUUUUCGAAUGGAGCUCAACUCAAGACAGACUUUAGAAGAUAUGGUUAAGUGGACCCCAACGGAACGCGAGUUGCGCGCGUUGUCUCAGGUCGGUCAAACUAUUGCGUCUAAUGCGCAACCCUUUGAGGUCCUAGAUGCUAGCUCAGAGGGGAUUCGAAGCAUCCUCCAAGACGACUACAGACUAGCAUGGUUACGUAAAGAGGGUGGUUCUACCCCCUCUUCUCUAUAUCGCGUUGGGCAUUAUGUUCAGGUUCACGCCAAGGCGCCUAUGAUUGCCAACUCCUCCCUAAUUGGCCGAUUCUCGAUAACGUCACUGCGGCUCCUGGGGCGAUUUGCGACAGAGCACGUGAAGCCGGACGACUCCCCCCACCAACUCGUUUUCAGAGCCCAGGGAGUAGCCAUGCCAACUGCCUUUUUGACCCACUUCACUACAUUCGAUGUUCUGAUCCGAAGAGCCAGACAACCAAAUGACGCGCUUCCUAACGUCCCGAAUUAUGUGGAGCCUCUGUGA